AUCAACAGUCAAUCAAUCCUCCAUCCACCAAACCAUCACUCCUCACCACCAACUACCACACACAUCACCAAUCUCACCAUGUUCGGAUUCGGCGAAGCUCGUGACCAAUACUCGCAGGUCGAGAACAACGACAACAAAGCCGAGCUCUCCCACGAAAUCCUCGCCGGCGGAGCCAGUUUCAUGGCGAUGAAAAUGUUCGAAGACCGCCAACGCAAAGAGGGCAAGCCCGUCUCACACCAAUUCGCCAAAGAGCUCCUCGCGGGUUUCGCAGGCGGCGAAGUCGAUCGUCUCGCCGAGACCAAGGGAGCAGACUACAUUGAUCGGGAAAAGGCCAAGCACCAGGCUAAACGUCAGGCCGAGCAGUUGUAUGACUCGCAUUAUGGUGGGAACGAUCAGUAUGAUCCGAGUCAGCAGGGUCCUCCUCGUGAUUUGCAGGAGCACUUUGGUGAUAACAACUGGUAAAUGUCCUUGUUGUAUAGGGGAGAUGAUAAGACUAGAACAGAACAGGGGGGACUUCCUUGCUCUGUAGUGUGAGUGAGUUGAGACGGAGAGAAAAAAAGUAAAAUUGUUGUUGUUGUCGGGCAUACCAGUUGGUAUAUAUUUGAGUGAGUCUCAGCAUACAUAGGCCGUGAGCUUGAUGUUCAUGGGUCGAAUGAAUAUGAUGGAUGAGACGAAUUACUUGUUCCUGUCCUGUUUCCUACGUGAUGAAACGCUCUUGAAAUACUGGAGUGUAGCAGGGCUUCAUAUUCGAAAAAGGACGCUAUGCAUUUUUUCACGACCAAGUCCUGUGUUUCCUCUCUCAUCGCAACCAUCAUUCCCCCUCCCCUCCAAAUUAAAGAAUAUAAUCACAACCUCGCCUCAACACCACCACUAAUCUCCUCCAUCCCCUUCUCCUGUUCUUGUUCUUGUUGUUGUUGUAACUGCCCCCUCAAAGCGCCCUCCACAACCCUCAUAAACCUAACCACAUCCCCAAAAGUAUUAUACAGUGGCACAGGCGCAACCCUAAUACAACCAGGUUUACGUUUAUCGCAAAUCACCCCAUUCGCUUCCAACGCCGCAGAAAUCGACUCCAUCAAAUCUUCUUGAAAAAGAACGCUGAGUUGCGUUCCGCGUUGCAGAGGAUGAGAAGGGGUAAUAAUUUCGAACGGUGAUGAAGUUUUUGUUGUUUGUUCUUCUCCUCUUCCUUCUCCAGAGAGAAUGGUAGUAGUAAGAGAAUUCCGUUCCGCGAUGCGACCCAGUAAAAUCUCCGCAUACGCCGUCAACAAGAGCGAUUUGUCGCGCAAAGCAUUCAUGGAAGUUUUUUCAAACACACUCAGUGCAGCCGAUAAGCAGGUCAAAUCCACAAUGGAAGGAUUAGAGAGUUGAAAACCUUGCGCGCCAGGUGUCGCGACGAAUUUGUUAUCCAUGAGAAAUCUGCUGGAUUUGUCAUGGCCGUACCAGCCUUUCAGGGCGGUAAUUUUUUGGUUUUGGUUUUUGUUUGUGUCAAAGUUGCUAUUGUCGCCGUGUUUGGCAUGCACAAAUGCACCUGCGAUGGCUCCCGCGCCGGAAUUCAUGUAUUUGUAUGUACACCAACAUGCGAAAUCGACGUCCCAGUCGUGUAAGUGGAGUUCGACGUUUCCCGCGGCGUGGGCGAGAUCCCAGCCGAUGGUGAUGCCGUGUUUGUGGGCGUGCGCGGUAAUGGUGGGGAUGUCGAGCAAUUGGCCGGAGAAGUAUUGAAUUCCAGGAAGAAGAAUCAGAGCGAGUUCGUGGGCAUGCUCGUCGAUGGUUUGGCAAAUUUUCUCGGUGGAGAGAAUAUAGCUUCCGGCGUCGGGUUCGACGAGCACCAUGUGCUCUUGGGGAUCUAAACCGUGCCAUGCGAUUUGGCUUUCGAUGGCAUACCAAUCGCUGGGAAAGGGACGCCAUUCGUUCAAGAUUUUGGUUUUGGUGCCGGAGGGAUGGUAGAAGGCUGCCAUCAUGAGAUGGAGGUUGACUGUGAGCGUAUUCAUCGCCACCACUUCCUCGGGUGCGGCGCCGACGACGGGUGCCAUUUUGCGUGAGCAGUCCGCUGCCAUGUCUUGGUAGGCGACGAGAGGCGACUCUUCGAGCCGAGUGAAGUGGCCGCCGACGGCAAUGGAGCCCCACGUCUUGAGAUAUGAAGCCAAAUAUUCCGACAUGGCUUUGGGCUGGAGACCGAGCGAGUUACCGCAAAAGUAGAUGGCUUCAUCGUCGACCGAGGAUGCGAUGGCCGCUGUCUGGUCGUCGUCGGCCAGAGUUUUGCGUUUCAGCUGUGCUUUGGUGGGAAUGACAAAGUCAUUGCGGAAAGUCGGGAGGAUAUCUUUGUGGUUGUCUAGAGAGUUGGCGAAUUCCAGAGAGUCGGCAUUGGCUGGCCAUUCGGGCUUCUCCCCUCGACGAAGAAGAUUCACGGCGUGGGUGGCGUCCAUGAUGGAUGCUGGUCUUGGCCUUGUCGGUGUAUGAUGGUCGAGACUGGUGGAAAAGGGGUGUGAU